UCUCGUGCUCGUUUAUUGUUAGUUAGCUUAGCUCGCUAGUUAGCUUAGCUUGUUAGCUGCUAAGAGAAGUUAUCAACACAUCGCUAAGUAGAGAUCAAGUGUGAGAGUAAAGUGUUGUGAUUGUGUGAAAAUGUCUACAUUACACAUGUUGAGAGCGUUGGUGGAUCAGCGACUAACUGCUGCCGUUGAAGAAAUAUUUGUAGUGUUAGAAAGAACGAUAGCAGAAUACGAGGCGGAACUUUCUAGAACAAAGGAGGAGAACAAUCGACUACUGGACGCUGUUUUCAAGAAACAUCAAGUUGUGUUACACAGAACAGACGUCCAGCGGGUGUCAGCAGAGAGUCAAGAAGAGAUUCCCUCCAAGCAGCAGGAGUGGAGCUCCAGUGUGGGACAGAAGGAGCUGGAGCCCCCACACAUUAAAGAGGAAGAGGAGGAACUGUGGGAGCAGCUUCAAAGGUUGGUGGAGGCUAACGAUGAAGAUGAAGCUCAGUCCUCACAGCUUCAUCACAGUCAAAGUGAGGAGAACAGAGGGGCGGAGCUUGUAAGUCAACACAUCACAGAAGCUGAUGGAGAGCAUUGUGAAGAUAUCAAGUCAGAACCAGACAGCAUCUUUGCUCCACUGUCAGACAUGGACCACAUGAUGUCACACUCUUCUGAUCACAGUGACCACAUCCAAAAACCUUUGGAGAGUAAAAAUGACUCUAAAGGUGAUACGAGACAUCACACUAACAACAAACACUUUGACUGCUCUGAAUGUGGGAAAUCAUUUAGACGGAAGAGUCAUUUUACAAGACACAUGAGAAUACAUACUGGAGAGAAACCUUUUACUUGCUCUGUUUGUAAGAAGAGUUUCUCCACAAAACAUUACGUGACCACACACAUGAGAAUCCAUACUGGAGAGAAACCUUUUACUUGCUCUGUUUGUAAGAAGAGUUUCUCCAGAAAGAAAUACAUGAUCACACACAUGAGAACACACACUGGAGAGAACCCUUUUGCUUGCUCAGCUUCUAAUCACAGUGACCACAUCCAAAAAUCUUUGGAGAGUAAAAAUGACUCUAAAGGUGAUACGAGACAUCACACUAACAACAAACACUUUGACUGCUCUGUAUGUGGGAAAUCAUUUAGGCAGAAGAGUCAUUGUAUAAGACACAUGAGAAUGCAUACUGGAGAGAAACCUUUUACUUGCUCUGUUUGUAAGAAGAGUUACUCCAGAAAGUGUGACAUGACCUUACACAUGAGAACACACACUGGAGAGAAACCUUUAGCUUGCUCAGCUUCUGAUCACAGUGCCCACAUCCAAAAACCUUUGGAGAGUUAAAAUGACUCUAAAGGUGAUACGAGACAUCACACUAACAACAAACACGUUGACUGCUCUGAAUGUGGGAAAUCAUUUAGACUGAAGAGUAAUGUUACAAGACACAUGAGAAUACAUACUGGAGAGAAACCUUUUACUUGCUCUGUUUGUAACAAGAGUUUCUCCACAAAACAUUACGUAACCACACACAUGAGAAUACAUACUUGAGAGAAACCGUUUAGUUGCUCUGUUUGUAAGAAGAGUUUCUUCACAAAGCUUAACAUCACCUCACAGAUGAGAACACACACUGGAGAGAAACCUUUUACUUGCUCUGUUUGUAAGAAGAGCUUCUUCACAAAGCUUAACAUGACCACACACAUGAGAACACAUACAGGUGAGAAACCGUUUAGUUGCUCUGUUUGUAAGAAGAGUUUCUCCAGAAAGCAAGUCAUGACCACACACAUGAGAACACACACUGGAGAAAAACCGUUUGCUUGCUCAGCUUGUGCUAAAAGAUUUAACUCUAAGAGGUAAAUGAUAUUGCACAUGAUAACACACACUGGUGAUAAACCUUUUACUUGCUCUGUUUGUAAGAAGAGUUUCUCCACAAAGCAACGCAUGACCACACACAUGAGAACACACACUGGAGAGAAACCGUUUAGUUGCACUGUGUGUGUUAAAAGGUUCAGGUCUAAGAAGCAGUUACGUAAACACAAGUGUGUAACAGUCAUGGAAGCUGCAUGGAUGUAAAAACGCUUAGAGAGUGAUUGUGCUAAAUGUAGUUUAAAAACACAGCAUGUUUAAUAUGAAUGUAUAUUUGAUGUUGUAUGUAGUGCUUCUCAUCUUCUAGUCUUAUAUGUUGUCCUGUACUUACUUUUUAAGUUGUGUGCAUGUAUUGAAUAUUAUAUAUGUAGCUACUAUUUUAUUUUAUUUUCUCAUUGUUUAAAGAGAUGGCAUCUUAUUUAAAUGUGUUUUUUUUGUGUCUUAUAAAAUCACACAUUUUUUUGAUUGCAUUUUAUUGAUAUUAUUAUCCAACUAAAAGUAUGAAUGAAUAAAAUGGUUAACAAAAUGUGGACUCUGGUAGAUUAGCAGCAUUGUUACAUCAUGGAUGUUAACUACUGCAAAACAUCAACAAAGAAGAAAAAUGCUGAAGUUAGCAACACAUCACUGAACUUUAGAGCCAUCGUGAGUGGAGUUGCUUGUUUUUAUUGCUGCAUUUGUACUUAUUUCACCUCACAUCUUCACUUUUAAUCCUAAAGUCUUCUUCACAUAUAUUGUUGUAGGCUUCUAACAUUUAUGUUUCUGAUGUGUGUGUGUAGUCUGUGGAAAGGGUUGU